ACACACACACACUCUCUCUCUCUCUCUCUCUCUCUCAUCGUCUUUGUCUGUUUGCAGUACAACACUUCCUCUUUAAAAACCCUCAACCCCACCCAAACAAAAUGGCUGACCUAAUCAACCCACCAUCCAAAUGUCCAAACUCCUCUCCCUCCUCCCCCUCCUCUCUCUCCUCCUCCUCUCCGCCGCCGCCCACGGCGACCACUCCGACGCGGACUCCGACUCCGACUCACCCCCGCCAAACCUCCGCACAAAACCACUUGUCCUGGUAAAAAUAUGGUGCUUAAUCCUCGUAUUCAUCGGCACGUUCGUCGGUGGCAUAUCGCCGUAUUUUAUGAGAUGGAACGAGGGCUUUUUGGUCCUGGGGACGCAAUUCGCCGGGGGCGUGUUCUUGGGGACGGCGAUGAUGCAUUUCCUGAGCGACUCGAACGAGACGUUUGGGGAUUUGACGAGUAAACCUUACCCUUUUGCGUUCAUGUUGGCUUGCGCUGGGUAUUUGAUUACCAUGUUUGUGGAUUGCGUGAUUUCCCAUGUGUUCGGGAAGAAUGGGAAUGGUGGUGGUGAGCUCCACGGCGGCGGCGAUGUCGAGAUUCAAGGAUACGGGAGAGGCAGUAGCACUGGGAUGACUACAGGGUCACAAUAUCAGGGUCAUGGCAGUCCACACAACCACUUUGUGGAAGAGGAAGAUCCACUUGCAACAUCUGCGAUAUCACUUGGGGACUGCAUCUUGCUCAUAGUCGCACUGUGUUUCCACUCCGUCUUUGAGGGCAUUGCCAUUGGAGUAGCAGAAACAGAGGCCAACGCUUGGAAAGCUCUGUGGACCAUCUGCCUCCACAAGAUAUUCGCAGCCAUCGCUAUGGGUAUUGCUCUCCUUCGUAUGAUUCCCGAUCGUCCCCUUUUAUCCUGUGCCGCCUAUGCUUUUGCAUUCGCCAUUUCAAGUCCGAUUGGAGUUGCCAUUGGAAUUGUAAUUGACGCCACUACUCAAGGCGCCGUGGCAGAUUGGAUUUACGCCAUUUCUAUGGCUCUGGCUUGUGGGGUUUUUUUCUAUGUUUCCAUAAAUCAUUUGCUAGCCAAGGGUUACUUGCCGCAGAAGUUGGUUUUGGUUGAUAUGCCUUUUUACAAGUUUUUGGCCGUGUUGUUGGGGAUUGGCGUGAUCGCGGUUGUGAUGAUUUGGGACACUUAAAAGAGCUCAUGCCAGUGUGUGAAGAAAACAGAACAAAGCCAAGGCGAUUGGUACUCUUUACAUGUACAGAAUGGAUAAUCAACUUCUCAGAUUCCUCCCUUAAUGGAUUAUGAAUUUUUUCUCAUUGCAGAAUUAUAUUAGACUGUACAUUAGGUUUUUUUGUACAAACUAUAUUCAGAAAUAUAUUGGCUUACUUUGUGUUCCACUGUUCCUGUUCUCGAUUACUGGAUUAAUUCAGGUAGCAGCUCCUGACUGUUUUCAACUGAUCCAUUUGUUUUUGAUGAUUGAAAUUUGAAACCGUAUUGGGUUU